GCGAGGGGAAGGUGCCACCUCUCCGCUUUCUGAACGCUGUCCCAGGCCGGCGGUGCGGAACCCGAGGAGGCAGAGCCGAGGUUUUGCAAACUUCUGCCUCGCCGCUCUUCAGGUUUCUCUAAAGGGGGAUGCUCUAAAGUGAAACGCUUCGGGUGACUUCAGCGAGCACGGAGCUGGGAAACUGCAUUCGCAACGCUCCAUCCCACGGUGGCUCCCGGGGCUGGCACCGUUAGAGCUCGGUAUCAACGUGUCCCUUUCCACCUGGGAAACUCUGGGGACCUCUGCUUGCUCCGAAAGGAUGGGGACCGGCCGCCGGAGGGGCGGGGGGAACCCGGCCAGAAGCCUUCUCGGGAGUUUGCUUUCAUCCUGACUUGCAGGUCAAACUCGAUUUUUCUCCUCCAUAUUCACUCUUUUCUUCUCCUCCUCCUCCGCCUCCUCUUCUUUUUUGGUGCUGUUCAGUCUGGAAGGACAAUUUUAAAACCAACCCACAAAGGAAACACUGUAAAGAAGACAUUUGAAGGAAAUUGUGUUGUAAAGCAAAAAUGAAUGUGCAGAUCCCUUAAUCAAAUGAAAAGAUGCACCUGGGAACUAUCAGUAUGGAAGAUCAGGAGAUCAGUUAUAGCGAGGAAGAAGAGCAAAAAUUUCUACCAUUUCUGGAAGAGGAAGAAAAAGAAGACAAAGCCUCUGAGCGCUCUAAUGUGGAAGAACACUGGGAAAGUGAAAAUAAUUGUUUUGAAUCCAAGCUUGAAGAAGAGCUGGCUGGUGGUGGCAAGACAGGAAGCGAGGAUGAUUCUGAAGGAGUUGGAGACCAGUCAGAUUCGAGCAUGGAAAGCUUGGAACACUGUCUGGGCAACAUCAGCAAUAUUCAGACUAGGAAGUAUAUGGAUAGAAUUUGCAUGUCAGCCUUUCAGAGGAACCUGAAAGAGGUCAGUGACAUCGCCAGAGAAAAGCAAUUUAUGGUCCAAAACACCAGAGACAAGCUGGGUACCUGUCAGCUGCAGAUCGAGAUGCUGGCAAAGCAGCUGGAGCGUGUAGACAUUGAAAUAGAGAAAGAGGAGGCGGCUGGCAAUGUUGCAGCCUUGUCCCGCCUUCGGGCAAUGCGCAGACGACUGUGCACUGAACUGGAGAAAGAGAAGGAUUUUGAGUUGCAAAUUUCUUUGACACUAAAAGAAAACAUGCUUGAGAUGUGGCAGAUGGAAACUGAGCAGGGAAAAUAUGAAAUCCUCCAUGAACAACUUAAAAAAUCUGAGGAGGAGCUAGAGAUGCAAUACCAAGAACGAGCCAAAGUGCGGAUUUGGAAGGAAAAAAUAGCAGCACUGCAAGCAGAAGAAAAUCAGCGGUCUAGACAAAAAAAAGAAGAGGAAGCCCAGAGAGAGUAUGAAGAAAAGCAUAAAAAAAUGAUUGAAGAUGCCAAAAGGAACCAUAAAAAAGCAGUAUUCUUUCUGAGAAAAAGCAUGGCAAGAAUUCAUGAAAGAAAUGCAAAGGAAGAAGCGAAAACUCGGGAGCAUAUGGAGAGAAGGAUACAAGCUGUGCUUUCCCUGAAAACCAGCAUCGCUUCCAAUCGGGAAAAACUCCGAACUCGCCAGGUUCGGAACAAAGCGAUGGCCUUGGAGGCAAAGAAGCAGGAGAUGAAGAUGAGGGAAGCUAUCCUGGCAGGAGGAGGCAAUGUUGCCAAGGAAAUUCUUCUUCAUAAGCGGCUGCUAGAGCACGAAAAAGAGAAACAAGCUUAUAGAGAACAGCAAAAAUCAAGAAAAAUUGAGAUUGUAUCUAAAAUUUUGCGAGAAAAAGCUGCUAUUCACAAGCCGAAAAGAAGUCAGUCCUGUACUAAGGCAAUUAAGGGUGGUGGUAAACUUCAGGAUUCUGUACUGUGGAGAAUGAGAACGUGGCAAUAUAUUGAGGAGAGCUGCAAAGCUUCAGCUGGAGCAGUAUCACAGCCGUGGUGCCCUCCGCCACCUUGUUCCUCAGCUGGUGAGAGAACUGCCUCUGUAGGAGAGAUUUCUGAAGAAACAUCCCAUGAUGGGCUCUGUGAAAGUGAUGAAGAUGAGGAAGAGAAGGACAAGGUCCUAGUGGAACCGGAGUUCCCAGGACUUUGGGGUCAGGAAUGUGACUUGUGCAAGGUGGCCAAAGAAGAAAUGGAUCCAGAGCAGCUGGAGAAAUUCCAAACGGGGAUUUCUCACAAGCAAAUAGUGUCUGGUCGUGAAUGUAAGGGACGUACUUUCUAUAGUAAACCGAGUUGCAUUCAUUUCCAGGAUUUUGAUGUUGGUCAACUCUACAAAAAGAAGAUAGUUUUGAUAAAUGCAUCCUACCGUGUUAAUUUCUGCAGACUAGUGGGAAUCAGCGAAUGGCUCAAGGACUUCAUCAGUGUUCAUUUCAACCCACCUGGCAAAAUAUCUUCUGGAAUGUCUUGUGGAUUGGUGGUAACAUUUAAGCCAAUGAUAAAUGAAACUCUGGAAGGAGAAGUCAUGUUUAUGGCACAGACAGGUUCUUUUUCUGUUCCGUUAAAAUGUACAGCCAAGAGGUGCAUUCUGGCACUAGAUAAAGAGUUCAUUGACUUUGGCAGCCAUGUGGUGGGAGAGACAAUUUCACGGACCAUCAACCUGACAAACAGCGGAGCUUUGGGAACAAGAUUCAAAGUUCAGCCGUCAGCAGGUGACAGCAGUACACAGAGAGCAACAGCAAAACCCUCUCUUGGAAGAGUGGUUACUCAACACUUCAGUGCCUGCAUCCCUGAAAAGAAAAUCAGCAAUAAUUCUGUGACAUCUGUAGUUGAAAAGAAGGAACUAAUUUGUCCUGAGGAUAGUGAAGAGAGGCCCUGCAGUGCAGCCCAGGAGGAGCUGCAGAGGGUGGAGAUGAGCUGGAAAGAUGGUUCCACAGAACAACUUGGUCAAGAUGUAUUAAAUUCCAGAUCAGCUCUAGACACAGACAAUGCACAUAAUGUAGAACUUUCUCCUGAAGAAACACCAGUUGAAAUUAUGCUUGGAAAGGUUACUGAAGGUGAAAUUGGACCCUUCAGCUCAGUCAAACUUCAGAUUCUAUUUGUCCCAACUAUCCCUGGGGAUGCGCAGGCAGAGUUUGUGAUCACGUUUGACAACCCAGACUGCAAACCACUGUUCUUUAGGGCCAUUGGAGUUUCUGUUGAUGUCCCGGUCUGGGUGUCCAAUCCCAACGUUGAUUUAAAGAUCUGUAUGUAUGACCGGCUUUAUCAGGAUUGCAUUGUCAUCCAAAGCAGAGCAAAAGCCACACUGUGUUUGAAGUUUGAAGUAUGCAGAGAACUGAGCAAGCACAUGGAGCUACUUCCAAAAACGGGUUACAUCCAAGCACAGUCAUCCUUCAGUCUGAGGCUGAAGUUUCUGCCCAGGCGCUCUCUUCCUGAAGAUGCAGGGAGAUAUUUUAAUGAAGAGACAGGAAUUCUGGAAGUUCCAGUGAGGAUACUGAUUGUGGGUAAGGCUAAAAAAGUUAAUUUUACUGUCCACGCGAUUGUUACUACUUCUGACCUGGAAAUCAGCCCAGCACAAAUCAAUUUUGGGUACUGCACCAUCUAUGAAGCUGUGCGGGCAAACAUCAAGCUAACAAACAAAUCCAUCUUGCCACAAGAGUUUGGAUUUGUGGGACUUCCAGAGUUUGUUGAAAUUCAGCCCAAUGAUGGAUUUGGUAUUCUUCUUCCUCUUGAAAGCCUGACAUUGGAUAUAAUCUUUAAAGCUAACAAGGCCAAAGAGUACAGCUUCGAACUAACCUGCAAGUCGGAGAUUAAUAGACAAUUCAAGCUGUCAUGCAAAGCGGUUGGAGUCCACCCACCUCUUGAAUUGUCUCAUUCCUUGGUUCAGUUUGCUGCAACAGCUUUAGACGGGGUGUCCACAGCCACGCUCUACGUGAUGAAUCCCCAUGUGAGCGUCAACCCUUUUACUCAUCCUGUCCCAAGAAUUGGCAAAGGGGAAGCUGCCCCCGUUGGACCAACUUCCUUUGAGUUCCAUGUGCCAGAGACCUGUCCCAUAACAAUUACACCUUCAGUUGGAACUGUGUUGCCUGGGAAGAAAAGCUUGAUUCAAGUGUCCUUCAGCCCAACGCUGUCGGAUCAGCAGAUCAGAGAAGAGGCAGUUCGGAGGCUCUGCAGAGCAGCUGCAGCAGGGGCAGAAAUGCAAGAUGACCCUCAGCAGAUAACGUCUCCCUGUGUGUAUUUGAAGAAAAGAAAGAAAGAUGAAAAAAAAGAGGGAAAGAAAUCAACCAUUCCCAUGUCCAGACAGCAAUCUGCCCGGCAGCUGCCAAGGGAUGGAGGCAGCAAACACCCAACUUCUCUCCAGAGCUCUGAACGCCCAAAAUAUGAAGAGUUAAAGCCUGAUUCUGAUGCUUAUAUGGCAGCCCAGGCUUUCCUGAGGAGAAAUUUCAGGGGGAGGUUUGAAAAAUACAUCAUACCGUGCUUUGUUGCGAGUGGAUGUAUCGAUGAAAAGAAAGGCUCCGGAAACUUGAGCUACAGCCCCUACAACACCCUGUACCUGGAGCUGCACUGUCCCGCUGUAGCACCAUCUGUUGUGGUCACUUCAGAUCAUGGAAAAAACACAGUGAAUUUUGGUGACGUUGCAGUAGGCCACAGAACGAUGAAGCAAAUUACAAUACAGAACAUCUCCCUGGAGCGGGUGGAACUCGGAUUCUCAGUUCUGAAUCCCAAUGGGCCCUUCCUGUUGGUCAGAGCAGUUAAAAUGCUUGAGCCAGGUGAAAAUAAAACCCUCGUCAUCUCCUUCUGUCCACAUGGCAAUGAAUGGUUUUUUGAUGUGCUGGACAUCCGGACGGCAAAAACCGGUCUCACCCUAAAGAUCACUGGUCGUGGGGUGAUGCCAACAAUUGUUUGCUCUGUGGGAGAAGUACUCGACGUGGGAUAUGUCCUAGCUGGAGAGAAGAGGACUGCCACCUUCAAGAUACAGAACACCUCCCCAGUGACCCUGCCAUACUCCAUGCAACUGGAUUCCCUCUCAUCAACAAGGGACAAAGAUCAGCAGAAAAUUCCAUCCUUUAUUACGUCCCCUUCGCAAAGAACAGAGCUUGUUGAAACACAAAACUAUAAUGGCUUAAGUGUGUUCAGCAUCUUUCCAGCAGAAGGAGAGAUUGUUGCUGGGAAGAGUCAGGAUUUUACUGUUACUUUCAGCCCUGACCACGAAAGUCUGUGCUAUUCUGACUGCCUCAAGGUUAUGCUCUUUGGCAAGGAACCAGCCCACGUGAUCCACCUGAAGGGUGCAGCAAGAGACCACCCCAUGUUUGUGGAGGGGGGGGUUCCCCUUGAUGUGCCCCUUGAGUCCUUGGCUGUAACAUCACCCACGGCACCGCAGAAAGCACGAGCAGGGGAGCAAAAACCAGUGAAGUCCAUUCUCCUGGCUCUGGAGUGCUUCGAGGGAGAGAGUCCUCCAGUGCCAGCAACGGCGGAGCUGCGGGUCGGAUCCAUACUCACACAGCUUGCAUCUAAAAAGAAGCUGGAGUUCAGUCUGGAGGCCCCCCCGCUCCUGCAGCAGAAGGGAUUCACCAUCGAGGCCACCAAGGGAAGGGUGGAGCGUGGGCAAGUGCGACGCAUCGGUGUCUCUUGGCUGCCACCUGCCGGCUGUCGCGCUGAUGACCCUCUGCUUGUGACAGCCCUCCUGACCUUAAGAAGUGACAUUAAGGAAACUUAUCAAAUCGUCUUCAUGGCAAAAGUGGUGUCUGCGUGUGCUCCCAGUGAGUGAGGAACCGAGAUGCAUCUUAAUGGAUUUGGAAAAUCCUUGACUUUUGCCCUCUUAAGACCAGAAUAAACCUUCUUAUUCAAGCCUCCUCAACAUG